UGAUCUUUGCGGACUCCCGAUAUCGCGGAGAAUGGUAGUGCCGUGCUCCGCGACCUUCAAUGCAUCCAUCGCCAUUCACUUUUGUAUCCAUGGGCCACCUGCGCCCAGCAUUACAACUACAUCGGCGCAACGCCUCAAGACUUGCUGUUUCAACCUGAAGUUUGGCACCCUUCAUUUGCUUACAUACAUCGAAAUGGGAAAAGUCUGUUUUGUGACUACUGGCGCAACCGCACCGUUCACAACCCUCAUUGAAUCCAUGUUAAACCCUUCUUCGAUAGACGCUCUACUGGAAAUUGGGGUUACAGAUGUUCUGAUUCAAUAUGGAACCGCGAGGGAAACCUUUGAUAAAUACGCCGAGACCGCCCGAGAGAAAUUGAGACAAGCAUCGCAUGGCCCGACUCUGAGCAUUGAGGGCAUGGCGUUCAGCAACCAUGGACUGCACGAACAAUUCGUACGCGUUCAAGAAUCAGGAGGGUUAGUGGUAUCACAUGCAGGUUCGGGGACUAUACUCGAAGCGCUUCGAUUCCACAUUUCGCUCAUCGUCGUCCCGAACAAGCAACUGCUCGACAACCACCAAGAGGAAUUAGCCGACGCAAUGGAGAAAUCGCGCUAUCUUCUCAAGGGAGACGUGACAGAUCUCGCUCCUGCAAUACAGAGGUCCGAAGGUUUCCGUGCGGAGAUGAAUCAGUUUCCGCCUACUACCAGUGGGAAACAUCGCGAAACCAAGAGCUUUGCUGCAAUUAUGGAUGAGACAUUGGGAUUUCUGGAUUGA